AUGGCACAGGCAGAAGCCUUGGCCAGACUCCAGCCAGAGACCAAAUGCUCCAUCUGUCUGGAUGACCCGACAGACUCAGUCACCAGCGCAUGUGGACACAACUUCUGUCACUCCUGCAUCAAACACUGCUGGGCAGAGCUGUUGGACAAGUUCUCCUGUCCUGUCUGUGGACACCGGUGCCUGGAUGGAAACCUCAGAAGCAAUGCCCAGCUUGGGAUGAUGACUGAAGCUGCCCAGCAGCUCCAUAGCAGGAAGAGCAAAAGCAAUUGUGAGAAGCACAACCAGGUCUUGACCCUCUUCUGUGAGGAUGACCUGCAACUGCUGUGUGACCAGUGCAUUGGGCCUGCUAGUCACAAUGGCCACCAGGUGACACCCAUUGCACAAGCUGCUUCUCACCACAGGGAGAAGCUUCAGGGCUUCAUCAAGCUCCUGAAGUCUCAAAUGAAAGAAGCUGAAGAGUCAAUCAGCGUUCAGAAGGAAAGAACCUUGGCCCUGAGUGAGGAGGUAGAAGCACAGAUGUGGAAUCUGACUUCUGAAUUUGAGCAGCUGACCUGGUAUUUAGAUCGGGAACAUCGGGCAGCAUUCUCCAGGUUAGAGGACCAGGAGAGGGAUACUGAGCAGAAAGUGUGUGAUAAUAAGGCAGCAUUUGAAAACUAUGCUUCCAUGCUCAGAGAUCUCCUGAGCCAAGUACAGACUAACAUAGAGCUCCCUGAAGCAAAACUGCUGUUCACAGUCAAGGAUAUCUACCAGAAUUUGAAAAGCCAUAAGGGCCCAUCCCUUUUUUCAGUUCAGUUUAGAAGAGAAACUUACAACUUUCCUCUCCAGUAUUCAGCACUAGAAAGAGUUAUAGAGCAAUUUACAGAGCAAGUAACUCUGGACCUGGAAACAGCCCAUCCAAACCUGCUUGUUUCUGAGGAUAAAAAAUGUGUAACAUUUGUGAAGGAAAGACAGUGUGGUUCUGCUUCUUCGAAACGGUUUACCAAGAGCCCCGUUGUGUUGGGCUUUCCUUAUUUUUAUUCGGGGAGACAUUUCUGGGAGGUGCAGGUAGGAAAGAAGGCUGGAUGGGCUGUUGGUAUCUGCAAGGCUGAUUUGCCCAUCAGGGAAAGGCAGUCCUCUCUCCCCCAGGGAUGCUGGAGGAUUGUCUGGCAGGGGGACCACUUCGAUGUCUCAGGAGCUGACCCUGACUCUCAAUUUGAGCAUGCGAGAGCCAUUGGUGUUUUCCUGGACUGUGAACUGGGAGAGCUUUCCUUCUAUUGCAUGCCUGAGAGAUGUCACAUCUACACCUUCAGGGACACCUUUCCUGGUCCUGUUUGCCCUUAUUUCUACAUAGGACCUCAUUCAGAACCUCUUAGACUCUGUUCUGCCACAGGUUCUGAGUGAAGCCCCACAUGGUGGCCUUAUGAGGUCUGUUCAUGUUCUAAACUCCUCUGCCCCCAACCCAGAUGGGCCCCAAGCUUGUUAUACAGCUAAAGAUGACUUUGAAUUUGUGUUUA